AAACCUACCGAUCAUCCAAAGAUCAUAGUUCAGGAUGUCUCCGAGCCAAUUUGUUCUCGCGCUCCUGCUCUUGAUUUCUCUGGAGUUGACACACGCGACGAGGGACCAAAUCGACGACCAUUCCUACGAAGUCCCCGGAGAGAACCAAUGUGCCGAUGAAUUGAACAUCUGCUACAAAUUAUGGGUUCUAAUUGGUGCUACUCAAGCAAUUUCGAGCACCUUCAAUCAAAAGCCAGGCGAAGACAUGAAGUACAAUGGGGUAAUAAAACUCCUAACCGAGAGCUUCAACGACUCACUCACGGUCGCCAGUACUAAAGGCAACCUCAUCCGGUUGAACGCAGAUUAUCUCCAACACUACAGAGGAGAUAUACUGGAAGAGUUCGCUGGAGUGGUGUACCACCAAAUGACGCGCGUCUUGCAAUGGACCGGCAAUGGUACGGCCCCUAGCGGGCUUAUCAAUGGCAUUGCUGAUUACGUGAGAUUGAAAGGCGGGCAUGCAUCCAAAAGCUGGCCGAGGAAGGGCUCAGGAUCGAGAUGGGACGAUGGUUUUGCAAUCACGGCUUAUUUUCUCGAAUAUUGCAAUGACCUAAAGCCCGGUUUUGUCGCCAACCUCAAUGCUCUCAUGAAGUAUUCCUACUCCGAGGCGUUCUUCGUCCAGCUGCUUGGGAAGUCUGUGCACCAGCUGUGGGGCGAUUAUAAACUUGCUUAUGCUACCAGAAGAAUCCCCGGCAGCGAGGAGGGCUAUCGAAAGCCGCCCACCCGCAGUUUCGAUUCCUUCCCAGCAGUUUCUAUCAGCUAGUAUGAAUGACUUCUUCAUGAUUAUGCGCAGCCAUCGGAACAUACAUCGCCGAUGGUCCGGCUAUAAAUAAGCGCUACGUGUUGUGAACUAUGUAUCCUCAGUGUGCUUGUUGGCAAGGGCAUACGUGUACGUUGUUUUAUAAUUUGAACUAUGUUACUCUACUGUUGAUAUAUGAAACUACUUUGUA